AUCAUGAAAUACUUUAGAAUUAGGGCUGUGUUAAAGUGAAAUUAACGGGUAAGAUAAGGGAAACUAAUGGUUAAGGUUGGGGUAAGAUGUGCUCACAAAUCACAAAAAAAGACUGUGUGUAUUUGGGUGUGCGUAUGUGUGAAACUGUGAUCUACAGAUGCAGGUUCACCACCACUAGUCACAUGAUGUGGAUUUCCGCUUCGACACAUUUUACUUAUAGCUGCAUGGCAGGUCAUACUCACUGUCUCACACACACACACCGCUGCUGCUGCUGCAGGACAUAAUGGUGCUGUGAGAACUGGUCUACAAUGCAGUCUACCAUGAAUUCCAAUGGACUUCAGCAUCAGAGCAGCCAAGACCGUUGCAUCCUGGAUAAUGUUCGCAGGAAGAAAACGUCUCUGUGGUCCCGGCGUUCCCUGAGGGGCAACAGUGAUCGACAGCAGACAAACACAAGCUCUCUGCCCAGAGGCUGCAAGCCUAAACCAUGUCGCUCCAACUCACUGGUGGAUUACUAUGACCCACAAAGAACCACAAUUAUACUAGAAAAGCAGGACAACGAGACGUUUGGUUUUGAACUUCAGACCUACGGCCUGCAGCUGAAGAACAGCACCACAGUGGAGAUGUACACCUUUGUGCACAAAGUGCAGACGGACAGCGCUGCUGAGAGUGCUGGUCUGACCACAGGAGAUGUUAUCGUGACCAUUAACGGCGCCAGCGUAGAGGGAUCCUCGCAUCAGCAGAUACUUGGUCUGAUUAAGGACUCGGCCAACAGUUUAAAGUUGGAGACGGUGUGUGGGAGUGUGGUGAAGCAGAUAGAGCUGGAGAAGAAGAUGAAGCUUCUGAAGAACUCUCUACACGAGAAACUGAUGGAGCUGCAAAAACUAACGUUACAGGAAAAGUGCCUGCUGCGAGGUAACUUGAACGACAGCAGCUUCCACCUUUCCGUGGACUCUUCAACUAGCUCUCCCACUGUCUGCCAUGGUCGUCGCUUUUCCAGUGACAGCAGCUUCAGGAGCGUGGCCACUGACGACAGCGACCAGAUCAGCGUGUUUGACGACGCGCUCUCUCCCGGUCCCUUCAGUGCAGCCAGCAGCACAGACGACAGCUGCUUCUUCCCCAGAGAUUUUUCCACACAGGAAGGCUCCAGGUGGUCCCUGAACUCCCGCCUCCAUCACCAGUCCGUCGUCCGCUCCAGCAGCUCCAGUUUUGCCGGCAGCAGCAGCUCCCUCUCUCCUUCAUGGGAGGAGACGAGGACCUCCUCUCUGUUCGGUACUCUGCCUAGGAAAAGCAGGAAGACCAACAUGCGCAAACACAUCUUCAAGUUGAUCCCUGGACUUCAACGAUCAGUUGAGGAGGAGGAAACAGGAGCAAACACUCAGUGACCUGUUGACUCUCACAACCAUGAACUCAAAUGAUGACUCAAAUGAUGAACUUUCUUCUGAAAAAGAUUUAGCUCCUGUUUGUCCACCCAUUGAGUGUUAGUUGCGUUUACAGCAAGGGAAGAGAAGCGAUGACUCAGGAAACUGACCAACCAAGCAAAGAGUAAUAGCCAGUCAAAGACAGAUGGGGGCGGGUCAUGGACACCUGUGUCAUCCAGUUGUUGACGAUACAGCAACAGGACAAUUUCAUGACAUGUAACAACAGAAGCAAAACACACAACAUCAUUAAAUAAAUAAAGUCUAGGACUGGUUCACUAUGUGUCUCAGACUCAUGGCACAAAGCAUUAUGGGAAUGUAUGAUGUUCUCUUUUACAUGAAGUGUAAAUAAAUACAAGCGUCACAUUGUAAUUACAUUAUGUGUCCACUAAAUAAAUGUCUUUCCCUGCUACCGUAA